UACUUCCAUCAUGAGCGGAAGCCUUAAGUAGAAGAAGAAGAAGAUACAAUUUAUUGUGAGAUUGGUCGUAUUGUCCAACAUUGAAGGCAGGAGUCAUUAAGAAAAUAAGACAGAUGAAUUAAUGCUGAAAGGAACUUUUUCAUUGUUUUAUUUUUCGGAAAUGGAUCGUAAUUGAAACGAGUGCAAAUUGUGCAAACAAUGCCGUGAGUGGUUGUGUGUCUGAUCGUAGAACCGGCCUGAAGGCUUGUAUCUACUUUCUAUUUUAUCCUUCCUGCAACGAGUGAAACCAAGAGUGAUAAUGCCCACCGUAGCGAACUCCUCGCUUACCUACGAGAUUCUUAUGUACCUGAACUCUUUUUACUUUGGCAUGUUUGCUGUAUGCGAGCUGGGAAUGGGGCUAUUCAAGGCCGCAAACAUGCCAUCACCGGGCGCAAGUAAGACCUUGAUAGAGUUCGCGUUGCUAUUCUUCUUGAUAGUGACAGAAAGUGGCAGGAUAUAUCUAGGAAGGAAAGGAAAUCUGACUGAGCGUGGGCUGCCGAUCCUCAUUGGGAUUGUCCUGACCAUUCCCAGCUCGUUAGCAACGCUCUACUUCCUGCUUUGGCAGUACUACGUACUCAGAUUGGAGGUGAUCCUCUGCAGUAUUCAGCUGGUUCUGCUGGCAUCCGAGGUGGUCAUUGCAAUCAUGUGCCUUAUAGCCAUCUACCGACCACCAGUCCCAGGGAAAUGACUAGCUGUGUUCUCUGAUAUUCUAGUCACACGAUGACUCCAUAUUCUGCACUUGUCACAUAAUAAUCCAUUCCGAGUGUCAUUAAUUCUUCAAGGCCGAGAUCAAAGUACUUACCACUGUUUUUGCUAUACAAUAAGACUUCUUGCUCUGUGUAUGAUUUUUAUUGUAUCUUAAUAUGUAAAAAAUAAUUUUAUGAGAA